AUGUGGCCCACCGGUGCGGGCAAUAGCGUGGGAUGUAUAGGAGGCAGGGUUAGACGCGCGCCUAGGAGGGGGCGGGGCCGAGGUACGCGCGGCGCCGCCUGCGCAUGCGCGCGGCCGUUGGCGGGGCCGGAACCUUGUUUCGUCUCUCUUCGCCUGGCGGAGUGCGUUGAGCGAAGCACCGGACGUCGGCGCUGGCGGAGCCGGGCGGCGAAGCUGGAGCGGCGGUGGCGGCGGCGGCGGGAGGCCGGGGCCGGGGCUGAGGCCGAGGCCGGGGCUGCGAGGCCCUUGGGGAGACAGGCGGCGGCAGCCCGAGGCCCGAGCCCGGAGGCAGGAGCGACCGCCAUGGCCGAGAGCAUCAUAAUCCGCGUCCAGUCCCCCGAUGGAGUGAAGAGGAUCACAGCAACAAAGAGAGAGACAGCCGCGACAUUUCUGAAAAAGGUUGCAAAGGAGUUUGGCUUCCAAAACAACGGCUUCUCGGUUUACAUCAAUAGAAACAAGACUGGAGAGAUAACAGCAUCGUCCAGCAAAUCCCUGCAUUUGCUAAAAAUCAAGCAUGGCGAUUUGUUGUUCCUGUUCCCCUCAAGCCUUGCUGGACCCUCGUCUGAAAUGGAAACAUCGACCUCAGUAGGAUUAAAGGCCUUUGGUGCUCCUCACGUGGUUGAAGAUGAGAUUGAUCAAUACCUCAGCAAGCAGGAUGGGAAGAUUUAUAGGAGCCGAGACCCACAGCUAUGCCGCCAUGGUCCCUUGGGCAAGUGUGUGCAUUGUGUCCCACUGGAGCCAUUUGAUGAAGACUAUCUGAACCACUUGGAGCCUCCUGUGAAGCACAUGUCCUUCCAUGCCUACAUCCGGAAGCUGACUGGAGGGGCUGACAAGGGGAAGUUCGUUGCCCUGGAGAACAUCAGCUGCAAGAUUAAGUCAGGAUGUGAGGGACACCUCCCUUGGCCAAAUGGUAUCUGUACCAAAUGCCAGCCUAGUGCCAUCACAUUGAACAGACAGAAAUAUAGACAUGUGGACAACAUCAUGUUUGAGAAUCACACUGUUGCUGACCGCUUCCUUGACUUCUGGAGAAAGACAGGAAACCAACAUUUCGGGUACUUAUAUGGACGGUACACAGAGCACAAAGACAUUCCCCUUGGCAUCAGGGCUGAAGUGGCUGCAAUUUAUGAGCCUCCUCAGAUUGGUACACAGAACAGCCUGGAGCUUCUGGAAGAUCCGAAAGCUGAGGUGGUUGACGAGAUUGCCUCCAAACUUGGCCUGAGGAAGGUUGGAUGGAUAUUCACGGACCUUGUCUCAGAAGAUACCCGAAAGGGUACAGUCCGAUACAGUCGGAAUAAGGACACCUAUUUCCUGAGUUCAGAAGAAUGCAUCACUGCAGGAGACUUUCAAAACAAGCACCCCAACAUUUGCCGGCUCUCUCCCGAUGGUCAUUUUGGAUCCAAGUUUGUUACUGCAGUGGCCACAGGUGGUCCUGAUAACCAGGUUCACUUUGAAGGGUACCAGGUAUCCAAUCAGUGCAUGGCACUGGUCCGAGAUGAGUGUCUUCUACCUUGUAAGGAUGCCCCUGAGCUCGGCUAUGCCAAGGAGUCCAGCAGUGAACAAUAUGUUCCUGACGUGUUUUACAAGGACAUAGACAAGUUUGGCAAUGAGAUCACCCAGCUGGCCCGUCCCCUGCCUGUGGAGUAUCUCAUCAUAGAUAUCACAACCACCUUCCCCAAGGAUCCAGUUUACACUUUUUCUAUUUCUCAAAAUCCGUUUCCUAUUGAAAACCGGGAUGUGCUGGGUGAGACACAGGACUUCCAUAGUUUGGCCACCUACUUGUCCCAGAAUACCUCAUCUGUGUUCUUGGAUACCAUCUCCGACUUCCAUCUCCUGUUGUUUCUGGUCACCAAUGAAGUCAUGCCACUGCAGGACAGUAUCAGCCUGCUGCUAGAAGCCGUCAGGACCAGAAACGAGGAGCUAGCACAGACAUGGAAAAAGUCUGAACAGUGGGCCACCAUUGAGCAGCUGUGCAGCACUGUUGGUGUGCAGCUCCCAGGCCUCCAUGAGUUUGGUGCAGUCGGGGGCUCUGCACGCGCUGCUACCUCUGCCAUGUGGGCUUGUCAGCACUGCACCUUCAUGAACCAGCCUGGCACAGGCCACUGCGAGAUGUGCAGCCUUCCCCGGACCUAGGGCUCUGGACCUCUGCUGUGUGGGACUGGGCCUGUCCAGCCCUCUCUGAAGUCUGGAGUGCCAUAUGUUCCCUAUAAGGCCUGAAGCCCACAGCCCUGAAACAGUGGGGCCAGCUACCCUGGUAUUCCAGAUAUACUGAAGCGUCUCAGUGCAGAUCUUGAAGAGAAAGAACCCCAACUGCUGUGCUGGGGUUGAACACAACCUCCCAACUGGAAAGGCAGAGCAGACCUGCCCAAGAGCACCCCACUUGCCUCACUUAGUCAAUAACUCCCCACUGUGUUGGAGGACUGGACACCUCCGACUAACCACCUGAAAUCGGGGUGCACAGAGAGGGUGCUGCUGUCACCCAGCCGUCUUUCCUUCCUCUAUGAUUUUUGUUUUCUGCCUUCUUACCUUCUUCCCCAGUGUUUGGAUGGAUGCUCCUGGCUGUCUCUGUUCCCUUGCUGUGGGGCUGUGUCCCUCCUUUGGGAGCAUGUGUGGCUAGGGUGUUGUAGCCUUGGUCUGACAUGCAGUGUAGUACAUCCCUGCCCUUUACUUGUCUGAAAUCAGCAGUUACCAGUAAUUCCCACCCAGGAAACUUUUAUUUAUUGUUUUUUUUUUUUUUGUUUGUUUGUUUUGUUUUGUUUUUUAAGAUAAAACUGCACAGAUGGAGUGAGAUAGAUUUAAUUCUACUCUCUUUCCUCCUUCAGUGCAGCCCCUCUUGGGUGGUUUAUUGGGCAGGAGGCCACCAUCUUUUCUCCUCUGAAGCAAACCUCAGUGCCUGAGACUUUCCUGCCUGCCAUGCUGCAGACAGUAGCGAUUGGUAGCUCAGGUGGUUCAUCAGAGCAGUAGUGGCUCUUGCCUCACAGACAGCCCCUUCAAGUCUAGGGCAACCCUGGAGUUCUGGUCCCUAAUGUGUCCCUACAUUAUGGCCUUCUUGCACAGUGCUGUGGCAGUUGAGAAAGCCUAGAAAAGGUGCCCCUGUGACCACUGUGAGGCAUGUAGAAACAGUUUGAGGGUCCUGUGUGGCUGCGUUGUGACAGCCCUUACCCAGGUAAGAUAUGGAUAUCUUGAUGCCUCGUUGCCUUAAUGAGAGCUAAGUCAGCUGUCCUUCACCCUGGGAAAGGCCAUGCCAACUGUGGACUGCUGGGAGCCAUGCGUGUCACUUGAGUAGAGUGCACCCGUGCUUCCUUCCCCAUCUUUGGCCCUAUGGACAGAACACUUGUUGCUAGGUUAUCGUGUGGCAGGGCUGGCCAGCACCGUCGGUCUCACCUGGCAUGAGAUCUGAAGCUACAGCCCUGGAGCUGAGGAGCCACUGUGCUUGGUUUGGUAUUGACAGGGUCAUCUUGGAGGGUCGGGAGUGGUGGAGAGCAGGGCCAGCAAUCUCUCUAGCUACCUGCCAGCAGUAUAAAGUGCUGAGGGCUGUCUAACCUCCCUCCUGGUAGUGUCCCGGCUAGGGCUUCACCUUUCUGUUUUUUUCUGUCCCUAAGUCUGGUAGACUGGAUGUCCUUGUAUUUCUGUGUCUGCAACUAAGCAAUGUUUCUGAUGCCAAUCAUUCUAGCACUAUUACUCACGUUGGGCAGGUGCUGGGCAGCACAGACUCUGGAGACCUGUUUGCUACUGCUUAUUCCCCCAUUCAUCUUUGUCUACAAAGUUAAUUACGUUCUCGAGUUCUGGCAUCCACAUAAUUCUUGUUUUUCUCUGACUUUUAAAGAAAUUUUUUGUGAUUUCUCUGCUUAUGGUUUUGAGUUACUCUUUGUUCAGUAAUGCACUUUAUUUUAUUGUCCAAAGAGAGUCAAGCUAAAGCUACUGGCUUGGGAGUGAGCCCUACACUAGGUUCAGACCUGGGCAGCUCAGCUACCUCCUCCUACAUGGAGGUGGCCCUGGUCCCACCUCUAGUCCUUCCUGCCAUCAGGCCCUACAGCCCAAAAAGAGGCGCCUGUGUGCACACACCCACACGAACCCAGUGGCUGUUAUGGUCCUCAUCAGGCUCAGAGAUGGGGUCUAGCCCUGGCCUUGCUCUGACCAGCCGCAGCCGGCUCCUGGGACAUGGGUGCUCCCGCUUCGGCUCUGCUUUGGGCUCACAAGUGUGUGUUGGCUGGGUGUGGACCCCAGCCCUGCAGUGGAACCUAAUAAAAGCGCCUGAAGCGAU